AUGGCCGCUUUCCGGCCGGUUAACACGCUGCUCGCUGCUGCUGCCCAGAAUGAAGACGAAAUGACGACAUGUCCUCUCACCCCUCGGCCAAACACAGCGCCGCACGCCCAACAACGACCUGACACGAUUCCCGAGGAUGCAGCAACGCCCACGAGGGCUUCUUUUGCCGGGAACGCUCUGGCUUCACAGAAGCCCCUCCCUUCGUCGCCCUUCCCCGAUGCCGUGCAGAUCCCCGAGUCGGCUGAUGGUAGCGUACCGACGCGAGAAAACUCUCGACACUCGAGAAAGUCUCGAGAUUCGGAAGACGUCGACAUGGACGAUUCGGAUGGCGAGACGGCCGCCGGCGACGAAGGCGUUUCCGACGAUGACAGCGUCAACGGAGACGGGUCCAGGUCUGGCAAGAAGAAGAAGUCACAAAGAUUCUACUGUACCGAUUACCCGCCCUGCAACCUGAGCUUCACGCGCAGCGAGCACCUGGCCCGACACAUUAGGAAACACACUGGCGAGAGACCGUUCCAGUGCCACUGCUCAAGGCGUUUCUCCCGGCUGGACAACCUUCGGCAGCACGCUCAGACUGUCCACGUCAAUGAAGAUAUUCCUAUGGACUCGCUGGCGGCAACGGGCGCCCGGUUUCAAAGGCAGAUUCGUACCGACAGGGUGCGACAGGCGGCGGGUCGAUCGCGGGCGUCAACUGCGGGGAGCGGCGGUGGCCCUGUGCGAGGUCACUCCAAGUCGCUGUCCACGUCGAGCAUCGGAAGCGUGGGCUCCGUCGGUCCGGCUUUUGCCUCGACGCAAGACAUCCGCCGACGACCUCCCCCCCUGGUCAUGGCCGAUCCUCGCGCGAGGUCAUCUCUCGAAGGCUAUCGGGCUGCUGAUGGGCCCUAUGGAUACCGCCCGGCUUCGCCCACGGAUUUUGGCACGCCAACCUCGGCUACCUUCUCGACGGGCCAGAGCAGCCCUCGCUGGAAUUCUGUCAUGGCAUCACCGGCGACCUCGCACUCGAGAUCCCACAGCAUGUACUCGUCCGGGGCCCGAACACCCGGCCGACGACUCAGCGUCCCGUCUGGUGCCAACCCCUUCCAAUCCCCCCACGGCACACCUGUGAGCCGUGUGAUUUUCGCGCCAAAUGCUGUGAACAACCCGAACGUGGCGCCUUUCUCGCCUGCCGGCAGCAGUAUCCUCGGCUCACCUCCCACGCCGUCAUCUGCCUGGUCUGGCCGACGGGACUCGACGUCCUCGGCUGCCGACGAGGCCUGGAGGCGGCGCACCUGGCACCCCGAAAGCCGUGGCUUCCAACCCAACGCCAGCAGCCAUCUGAGCAACGUUGUUACGCCGGGUCAGUUCCAGCCGGGCCCACCGCUCCCUGCUGCGAAUGUCGUGAACCCGCAGCAGACAGUUCGUCUGCCUGGUAUUGAAUCCUUCGACCCCUUGCUUCCGCGUCCCGCGACACCUCCCCGCCGGAACCCCUCCCCCAUGAUGAUUGACGCAGAGCCGAAGGGCCAACCCACGCAUGUGGGCGCUGAUGAUCGCCGCAACUGGGAUAUGGGUCUGCAUCGGGGGUUGACAAGACUUGACCUGCGAUCCAACAACGUCACGCCCCCGCACGACAGUGCUGGAGCUUGGGCUAAUGAGGUCAAUCAAGCCGUCCAGGCUCAGGCCGAGCAAGUGAGGGUGAAUCCGCCGACUGUCAGAUUCGAACUCGGCACUCCCACUCCACCUACGCAUUCCAACACGCCACCUUUCACCAGAAACCACCACCAGUACACCAUGUCUGCGCCCAUGAUAUCGACACCACGCGAUUCGAAACGACACGGUUGGUAUCAUGGCCCACUUGCCCAACAAGCGCAAGGCGAACUUGUCAGAGGCCCGCGUGUGGACCGCAUGGAGCAUCCCAACAUGACAGCUUUCUCUGGGUUUCCCGGCAGGGAACCUCCGCGGGAAUCUCCAAGCCAGCCCCAGCCGCACUCGCAGCAACCCGGCGGCGACCGCACAGCCGAGAACUCUUCGCGAUUUGAUGCUCUUGUGGCUGUUGCCGCCAGCGAAGGCUCGACGGCUACUGCCUACUGA